CCCCGAAAGAGGGAGAAUGAGGACAACAUGGCGCUCGUCUAUAUUUCGCAUAAAUUUCGCCCCAUCUUGUACUACACGAAAAUAAUAAGGCGUCGAAGUGUUUUUUCACUUAUUGACAGGCAAGAUUGAUACGAGGAUGGUGAGCGCAAGUCUGUCAUAAAUUCAUUUAUCAAAUUCAAGUGAUUACAUUGUGACAUAUGGAGGUUUGUGUUCGUUUUUAAAUGGAUUUCAAGGCAGUAAAUUUUCGCAAAACUGAGUUUGGUAUAAGUGGAAAUGGCUGCAACUGAGGACUCGAUGGAUGAUGAUGUUUUUGAAACUGAAAACGAUGCGAGGGAUAAGUUACGAGCUGAUGAUAGGAGACUGCCCAAGACACCAUCCCCGACGGGGUAUAGGGGGUACAAACCACCACCGGAAGUGAUUAAGUUGGCGCAGAAUGAUAUCUUCGAGGACAAUGAGCAGAUGACGCACAAGACCAUUCUGCUAGGAGAUAGUGGAGUUGGAAAAACAUCACUUCUUGUGAAAUUUGAUACCGGAAAAUUUCAGGCAGGCAGUUUUUCAGCAACAGUUGGUAUUGGAUUCACUAAUAAGAUUGUUGCAGUCGAUAAAACAAGAAUUAAGUUGCAAAUAUGGGACACAGCUGGACAGGAGAGGUUUAGAAGUAUAACACAUGCUUAUUAUCGUGAUGCACACGCUCUUCUGCUUCUCUAUGAUGUCACGAACAAAACAAGUUUUGAUAAUAUAAGGGCAUGGCUAGGAGAAAUCAGAGAGUAUGCCCAAGAUGAUGUUGUUAUUAUGUUACUUGGCAAUAAAGCUGACUGCGGACCACAGAGAGCCAUAAGAAGAGAAGAUGGAGAGAGACUUGCCAGAGAAUACAACGUAUCCUUUAUGGAAACGUCAGCCAAAAGUGGACAAAACGUCGAUCUUGCCUUUUUAGCUGUUGCGAGAGAACUGAAAUGCCGCCAAACAGGAGAAAGUGACCAAAAUAAAUUUAACGUUCAAGAUGUACCUAAGGAAAACUCUCAGAAAUCUCAGUGCCCACCAUGCAGCAGUUAAUUCACUCUACAUACUCGUAGAUUCAUUUGAUCGAUAACGAGUAUCAAACUGAUAAAUAAUAAUCUGAAUACAAUAAUAUAAAAAACACCAAUCUUAUUUGAAGCGAUUUACUGCAUUCUUUCAAUGGAUACAGAUCUAAUUUUAUAAGAGAUAUUGAAUGUGUAUUCUAACUUCUGAGGGAAUAAUUUUCGAAUUUUUUGUUUUUUUAGAAAACAAGGAAAUAUUUCGAAAUAGAUAUUUGAUUGUGUAUUAAUUUUUUAUCAUCUUACUUAUUUCUCUGAUACUCUUAGUUAAGUUGGCAAAGCAGCUUUUGUGAAUACCAAAAGUUAUCAGAUAGUCUGAUGAUUAGGAAAAUAAUUUACCUACUGUUAAGACUGUAUAACAUUUUUAGAUAAUAUUUUAUUCAUGCCCAGCGUACCUAUGUAAUGUUAGGAGAUGAUAAUCAUUCAAAUACUUCGAACAUAUUAACAAGGGAUAUUUCAUAUCGAAAAGUAGCUUUCACUAUCGAUUACAGAAAAAUUUGAACAAUUACAUAUCUCAUAUAGAGAAUUAAUCAUUAUUUAUAGAAAAGCUUAUGAAUGUGCUGUUCUGUCUCCAAAACACAUGUGUAUAUCUAUUUUUGUAAACGAUAUUUUACAUUUGAAUUCUCAAUAUCAAUGAUUUGAUUGAAUAAUUUAUUAAUCAACUAUCUCUAAAAAUAACAUAUCUAAGAAAUAUUUGCGAUAUUUCAAUGUAUCUACUUAAUCUAUUUAAUUUGGAAUUUUUGUAGUUGAAUUUCAGUUCAUGGAAGUUGCAUUUCGAUAAAUUGAUUUCAAAUUA